AUGAGCGCCAUCGUAGGAGCCGCGAGUGCCAUCGGCGCCGCAACGGUCAGCGCGGCAACGAGCGUCGGCUGGUUCAUGCCCAUGCUGGUUGCCGCGAUCGCAUACUUCCAGUACGAAAUGAUGGACCCGGAAUCGAGGCCGAUAGAUGUACCUAGCGAUGAAUUAUUAAGCGCGUAUGAUUUUAUUGUGGUCGGGGCAGGAUCUGCAGGAGCCGUUGUUGCCAACCGAUUGUCAGAAGUUGAAAACUGGAAUGUUCUAUUACUAGAAGCCGGUGGUGAUGAGACUGAAAUAUCGGAUGUGCCACUACUGGCUGCCUAUCUGCAAUUGAGCAAACUUGAUUGGAAAUAUAAAUCUGAACCGCAAGGAACAGCAUGUUUAGCAAUGAAUGGAGGAAGAUGCAAUUGGCCGCGCGGCAAAGUAAUCGGUGGCUCUUCAGUUCUGAACUACAUGCUUUACGUACGCGGAAACAGGAAUGACUAUGAUAAUUGGGAACAACAGGGCAAUCCUGGAUGGGGAUACGAUAACGUGCUGAAUUACUUCAAAAAGUCAGAGGACAAUAAAAAUCCUUACCUCACAAAGACUCCUUAUCAUUCUGAAGACGGAUAUUUGACAAUUAGUGAAGCACCCUAUCAUACGCCAUUGGCCGCGACUUUUGUGCAGGGUGGAGUAGAAAUGGGCUAUGUUAAUAGAGAUAUUAACGGAGAAAAACAAACUGGAUUCAUGAUAGCACAGGGAACGAUUCGUCGUGGUAGCCGUUGCAGCACGGGAAAAGCGUUUUUGCGACCCGCUCGUCUUCGUAAAAAUCUCCACGUAUCCAUGCAUUCACACGUCACAAAAAUAAUGAUAAAUCCUACAACUAAGGAAGCUUAUGGCGUCGAAUUUGUUCGUGACCGCAAAUUACACAGAAUAAGAGCCACUCGCGAAGUGAUUGUUUCGGGCGGAUCCGUCAACUCUCCACAAAUUUUAAUGCUAUCUGGAAUAGGACCACAGGCUGAACUAACUAAACAUGGCAUACCGGUCAUUCAAGAUCUACAGGUUGGCGAAAAUCUUCAGGAUCAUAUAGGAUUAGGCGGUCUCACGUUUAUGGUUAAUAAACCUGUAUCUAUAGUAGAAAAUAGAUUUCAUUCCAUAUCUACCGCCAUGCAGUACGCAGUAUUUGGAGAAGGUCCUCUCACCAUUUUAGGAGGAGUGGAAGGGCUUGCAUUCGUCAACACAAAAUACGCAAACACGUCAAUGGAUAAUCCAGAUAUAGAAUUCCAUUUCAUAUCUGGAUCCACUAAUUCGGAUGGAGGUGGUCAAUUAAAAAAAGCGCAUGGCUUGACGGACGCGUUUUAUGAAAAAGCAUUUGCUCCAAUCAAUAAUAUGGAUACUUGGAGUGUGAUACCAGUAUUGCUGCGUCCAAAAAGUCGUGGAUCAAUCAAAUUGCGUAGCGCAAAUCCUUACGAUUAUCCCUAUAUAUAUCCUAAUUAUUUCUCCGACGAACAGGAUAUCAAAACACUCGUAGAAGGUGUGAAGAUAGGUAUGGCGUUGUCGAGGACUAAAGCUUUCCAAAGAUUUGGUUCCGAAUUGUCUCAUUAUGUAUUUCCGGGAUGCGCACACAUACAAAAAUAUACCGACAAAUUCUGGGAGUGCAUGAUAAGGUAUUAUUCAGUGACAAUUUAUCACCCAGUAGGCACGUGUAAAAUGGGCCCUUAUUGGGACCAAAAUGCCGUCGUCGACCCCAAAUUAAGAGUGUAUGGAGUAAAAAGGCUUCGAGUUAUUGACGCUAGUAUUAUGCCCAAUUUAGUGAGUGCGAAUACUAAUGCGCCAGCCAUAAUGAUUGGUGAAAAAGGCUCCGACAUGAUCAAGGAAUUCUGGCUCAAACACCCAACGUUCCUUCGAUAUCACACCGAAUAA